CAUUAAGCGCGUUUUUUUAAAUGGCGAACGAUUAACUUCGGUUGAUCAACAAAAUAGCAAUAAAAUCCAACAUCGUCUUUAUUCCAAGGAAAAUCAAAGAGUUAUUACUUUCGGAGAAAAUUCAGUGGAUAAACUACUUUAUACGCCGAUUGACCAAUUAAGACAGCCUGUUCAAUCUUGCUUGGUUGAGAAUGAUACCAGCUUCAAGCUUGCUGAUAAUUUCAACACGGUUCUAGAAAGUACCGAUAACGAUAACUUUCUACAUCCAACAGUCGUUACUAAUAAAAGUACACUGUUAAACCUUCCUUAUGAAGAUCCUGAUCAGAAACGUACGUUAAAUGAUGAUAAUGGUAACAAAAACAGUAAUACAUGCAUAGAUUGGGAUGAUAUGUUUGAUUCAAAAUUCCUGCAAGAAAAUAAUGGCAAUGUCGGAGUUGGUAUAUUAAACGAUAUUAAUGAACCAUUUAAUGUAAUAAACAACAAAAAUGAGGUUGUGACUAAUGCUGUAGGUAAAUCUGUAGCAAUCAAAAGUUGCACAAAGAAACGUAAGAAUAAAAAAUUGAUAGAUCAUAAGCCGAAGAAAAUACGAAAUAAAACAAAAAUGAUGGAAACUGAAACAUCUACAAUGGACAAUAACUUGCAAGAAAAAGUUUCUUGUGAAAAACCGAAAAAUAUGCUCCGAAAACAAUGCUACACGAGGACAGUGAAAAAUUGGCUCGAUGAUGUUGAAUCACUUAAUUCUGUCGCUGAAUGUGUUAUAGAUGCAGAUAUUACUAAUAAUAGUGGCGAAAAAGUUACAGGUGAAACAAAUGAACAAAUAAAAAAUGUUUACCUGCAUGACAAUAAACAUGAGAACAAAAAAGUUGAUGUCACGUCGCUUGUUAGUCAGAAGACGCAGAAGACUGCAAAAAAAGUAGUUCAAGCUCAAUUGGCUAACAAAGACGGGGUGAUGAAGUUCAGCAAACCGAAAAUUAAUAAAAAAAAUAAUCUUGAUGUGACGGAAAAGAAACAAGAUAAUGUUAAAGGGAAAACAGCAAGGAAAUUCGUACCUCCUAUUAAAUCUCAAAUUCCAGUGAAAAACGUCACUUAUGAAGUUUUUACAGUGAAUGAAAUGAAUAUCGAAACUUACGAUGCCAGUUUUAAUGUAAAGGAUAAUGAAGUCCUUGCAGUACUGUUAUACAGCAAUGGGUACUGUCAGCUUAAUAGUCAUCACACUGACGGUGCGUGCAUUCCUGAUGGCCUCAUCAUCUGUUGUGACAGUAUGUUCUACUGUUUCAAGGGCACUGGUCAGAAAAUUAAAGAAUUAAUAACACGGGUGAUGGAAAACAAUAAAAUUGUUUGCUUUGGGGCUCGAGAUAUUUUAAUUUAUAUGGCGUGUAUGUUGCAAAUGGAAACUCAUUCAAUUCAAAUAUACGAUGUUAAGAUCGGCGGCAGCCUCCUAGACCCUGAUAACUCGCCGGAAAACUUUUCGGAGGUCGAAAAGCUCUUGUCUUUUACACCUCAAUACACGAUAGGCACUGAGUGCGUUCUGCAGAAAGCCGCUUGGUACCUGACGCUGCUGGGAGAGUGCUGGCAGAAGCUGUGUGGGAUGCUGAAAGAAGACGCUUUGUGGAACGUCUUUGUAGAUAUAGAAGCGAAGUUGUUACCAAUUAUUACAGACAUGGAACUUCGCGGUGUAAUGAUAGACUUAAAUAAACUUAAGUCGAUGGAGGAAGUUCUCGAAAACCGGAUGAAGUUGGUAGAACAACAAUGUUACAAAGCAGCUGGGAAGGUGUUCCAGAUAAAUUCCGCCUUGCAAGUGAGGUCAAUCAUUUACGACGAACUAAAACUGGACACCAAAUGCAAUGUUAAGAUCAGGGAAACUUUGGUCAAAGGGGCCAAGUCUACUAACGAGAGUAUGUUGCGAAGCUUGAUCUCGGAGCAUCCCCUACCGAAGUUGAUCCUCGAGUAUCGCCAUUUACACAAAGCUCAUGCCACUUUCCUUUCGGGGAUAUCUCAGCAUAUCAAAGACGGUGUGGUUAAACCUACCUGGGUUCAGAAUGCUGCAGCAACUGGUCGGAUAGCAUCCAACAGCCCAAAUCUGCAAGCUAUACCGAAAGCUCCAUUCAGUCUCGUUAUGUUUCCUGAUGCUGCUGAUGGUACAGGCCUGGAGGAACACUUGAAGUUCCGAUCAGUGUACAUUUCUCGGGAAGGCCACUCGUUUUUGGCAGCUGACUUCAAACACAUUGAGUGCCGCGUGUUCGCGCAUGCUGCCGCUGAUAAGGAGUUACAGCACGCGCUGGCCUCUUCUGAUGACUUGUUUCGGGUGCUUUCUGCUAAGUGGUUAAAGAAAAGUGAAAGCGAAGUGUCGGCGGAGGAGCGCGAGCGUACGAAGCGGCUCGUGUACGCGAGUCUGUACGGGGCGGGGGCCGGCAAGCUGCGGGAGAUACUCGGCGUCAGCCACGACCAGGCGCCCGACGUCGCCGCCAGCUUCCAUAGAACGUUUCCGUCGCUGAAGAGUUUCGCGUGGGGCGUGAGCGCGCGGCUGCGCGGCGGGCUGGCGCCGCGCUCGCUGUGCGGCCGCACGCGCCGCCUGCCGCCGCCCGCGCUGCGCCAGGCCGUCAACCUCGUCGUGCAAGGGUCAGCAGCGGACGUGUGCAAGACGGCCAUGAUAGCGACGGCGGCGCGGCUGCGGGCCAGCGCGCCGCCGCUGCGCGCGCAGCUCGUGCUACAGAUACACGACGAGCUGGUGUGGGAGGUGCGGGACCAACACCUGCACAGGGCCGCCGGCCUAAUAAAACAAGUGAUGGAGGACUGCGGGCGUCGCUGCGGCAUGGGGGUGUCGCUGCCGGUCUCUAUUAGCGUGGGUAAGAACUGGGGGGACAUGCUCGAAUACAACUGCGUAUUAGACACUCAAUAAAUUGUAUUACCAUUAUACGUA